GAGAUACAUUGGUCGGAGAGGUUAGCAGGCUUGUUGUUGCAGAAGCUUGCAUACAGGCAUUGGACAUAGAGUUUACUGAAGGUCAAAUUUAUGAAAUCAACUCAGUUCAGGGGGAAGGACCAGGAAGAGAUCUGCAGAAGUGGCAGGAGUUAUUUAGAACUGCUCGUGCCCAAUGA